CAUCCGUUUUUUUCUCGUCUUCUCCUUAGCUCCGUCGUAAAUUUCGCUUGCUCAAAGACAAGCUCGUUUCACGGUCCAGUUCAGCUGCUUAAACAAUUAUAAAUUUUCUGCCAAGCUGCUUCAUCGCGAGCAAUCAAUCCGGCGGAGCCUCGCCGCAUCAUUCGCUUCGCAUCAUGUAUUCACCGGUUUGGAUUUACGGACUUUCUUUCGUCGCUAUUGCUGCUGCCAUCGAUGACCAGGAGUACGAAAGAGAACAAAAAGUAAUGAAAUAUGAGGCGAAGGUUUGCGAGCCCCUGAAGAAGUUCAUCCAUCCUCAUCGCUGCGCCGAUUGCAUUUGUCGACUUCAUGGCUACGGAAACGUCUGCGAAAAGCGGAGAAACUGUUACAAAUUCGAGGCACGACCGCAAGAAGACCGUGAAUGCACUCCAGCCUUGAGGUUCACGACGAAAUGUCACUUGUGCAAGUGUUCUUCGACGGGACUGAUUGACAGCUGCGUUGCCAAGAACUCUCAUUGUAUGGACGACAUUCUCGAUGGCCUUGUCCGAGAGAAGGAGGAUGCAGUGCCCCAGUACAUAGAAAACCUAGACAAAUAUCCCUUCGAUUUGGCUAUAGGCGAUUUGAACAACUUCAUUUUUGCACAAUGAAAAUACUUCGGGAUUGCGAGCAGCAGGAAUUUUUCUCCUUGGAAGAGUCGAGUUCAUGGUAAAUAUAAAAUUUGUUGAAUGAGAACGGGGCGGAGCUGGGAGGAAGCGUUUUGGAGUGAAUUUAUGAUUGAGAACUCGGCUGCGUCCCUCGGAGAUCGCUCGUUAAAUAUUUUGUCUCGUUCGAGUGUGCAGUUGAACAUUAUUAGUUUUUAUGGGACCUCGAUAACUCUUCGAAUCGGAUGUCUCAGCAAAAUACAAGCGUUUUAUGUUUUUAUUGGGUGAGCACGUGAGACGUGACAAUGCCUGUCGCUUCCCAGUUUUCGAACGACGUUUCAAACGAGCCAAUAAAGCAGGUUUGUAAGUUUCGAGACGUUCUGACCAGUAUAACGUUGACUGCUUUUGAGAAAUGCGAAUAAAAUGCAUUCUGGCGAAAAUAUUUCGUCGAGUCGAAUCCCCGGCAAUGGAAAAUGCGAUUAAAAGCUUCUCCAAUGUCGGAAUU